AUGAUAGCAGCGUUAAGCACGUCCCCACGUGCACAACGCGCUGCUCGACGAGGGGAGGCGUCGCGGCUACAGGAGCAGCAACGUGAGGAGCGGGCGGAGCAGGAGGGAGUGGCGGCGCUGGAGGCGCCGGCGGAUGGUGUGGCGGACGUUGGGGUAGGGGAAGCAAGUUCACGGGAGGCUGCUGCUGCUGUGGAGCCUGGGUUGACGCGGGGAGCGGAGACCGUUGAGGCUGCGGCGGCUGAUUCGGUAGGGGUGGGGCUGGUGGAGUGCUGGCCUGCUGCCGUGACUGCUGCCGCCUCUGACGACGGCUUAGUCGCACCCGCGGUGGUGCGGCCGGCAGCGGCGACCCCGCCACUGGCGGACGGGGGUCUGACUGUGGAGGAGGUGCAGGGGGGGCAGGGGCUGCCCGAGUCACCGACGCCAGUAGUGGCAGAUUCCCCGCCAACUCUCGAGGGGACGGAGAUUGCGGCGGUCGUGGCUGAGGCAGCGAGGCAACAAGGACAACCCCCGAUGGGAGCGGGCGUGCCGACUGCCGUUGUGUCCGCCGGAAUGCCUGCUGCUGCCGCGGCCGCAAACACGCAGGAGCUCGGCCAGGCGGAGGGCGGAACAGAGGGCCCUGCGAUCGCCGUCGCUUCCGGCGCCGCCCCGGCGAGGAGGAAGACGAAGCUGCGCGUGCAGCCAGCACCGAGGCGGCCUGGAGCAGGGCUGGGACCUGGGGCCCCGGGACCCCUCCUGGGCUGGCUUCGGCAAGGGCAGUCGCCACCAGAGCAAGCGCAUUCGUUGCCAUCGGCGCCACAGCCUGUGGAGGGACCCAGCAGGAGGAGCAACAGGGGCACGUGGCGUGAGCGCCACGACCGUCCAGAGCAGGUGGCUGCGCCUGUGACAGGGGGCGAGGAUGGUUCUGAUAACUCCCAGAACGGGAGCGAGUUUAUCCCGUCACACUCUGAGGCGUCGGAGGAGGUCUCGCUGGGCGAUGACGAGAAUCAGAAUACGGUUGAGCAGAGGCGAGUGAGGAGGGGGGAGCACGGUGGUAUGCCACAUCCUCCCAAUAUGCCAGCAGGACAGGCCGCGGAUGCGCCAGCUCGACCAUCCGAGAAAUCACCCGCUGAGCUGGCGAAGGAUGAGUCUAUCUGGCAACUGGCCAGUACUUGGGAUAUCGCGCCACUUCAGCGAGCAGACCAACCCCACACACCCGGACUGCGUGGGGGCGUGGACUGUGCUGCAGUUCUUGCCCCGUUUGACCCUUCGACCUCUCCCAGAGCCAGUGGAAGGGAACCGCUGGAUAACGAUUGA